AAUUGUCUUCUUCACAAACCAAGGCCACGAAAACUGUACAAGAGACCCUAGGCUGAACUACAGCCACAACAACUCACCAAUCAUUCACACGUCCCCAAACAUCUUAUCUCUAUCUAUAUAAGGUAUCCUUCUCUACCUCGACUUUCUCCACCACACCAACCAUUUCUCAGACAUUACCCAUUUGCCAAAUUUGCCUCCUUUUUCACAAUCUCCUAAGAUUCCCAUCUGGGUACCUUCCAAUUCAACCUGAAUCUCUUUAACGAGGUGUGAAAGAAGCAUUUUUGGGAAUUUUGUCAUCUGGGUUUGUCCUAUUUUGUCUAGAGAAAAAAGUUUUGUUGUUGGGUUGAGAAAGAGUUUUAUUUGGGAUUCGUUGGAAGAUAAAGAGAAGAUAGAUUUUAAAUCUUUGAGAGGGGUAAGACCCAGGAUAGACAAGUUGUAGACAUCACGGCUAUACACAGAGUUUCUCGGCCUCUCAUUCAUGUCCGCGCUGUACGACGCAGGGGUUGUAUAGUUGAGAGCAACCCUUCGCCGCACGGCGGGCGUGGCGCUUUGCCAUCCGAAGGCGGUAGUCCUUCUGACCUUCUGUUCCUUGCGGGUGGUGGUUCUUCAUCUUUCUCGACUUACUUAGUAUUUUAGAUUAGAUUGUCUUUUUUCCUUUGUUUAGAUUUAAGACUAGUAAGAAGAAAAAAAAUCUUAUUUAGAGCAAAUAAACUUUAUCUUCUUUGAUUUCAUUAAGCCAAGUCUCUGUGUUUUUUUGGGGUUUGAGUUGAGUUGAGUUGGGUUGGGUUGUGUAUAAUCUACUGAUAUAUAUAAACCAAAAAGAGAAAAUAAGCCAAGAUGAUGCUAAGGAUCAAGAGGGUUCCUACUGUUGUUUCGAAUUAUCAAAAGGAUGAGAACGAAGAGGCCCGCGUAGGAGGCUGUGGUAGAAACUGCCUCAGAAGCUGUUGCCUGCCAGGGUCAAAACUUCCUUUGUAUGCUUACAAGAAGCUAGACAAGGUUGCUUGUGCUAAGGCCUCACCGGAGCAGGAGAGCGAAGAGGCUUCCAUUGCCUUUCUUGACUCACUUGUUCUUGGGCAGUGGGAGGAACGUGUGCAGAGGGGUCUGUUUCGAUACGAUGUCACUGCCUGUGAAACCAAGGUGAUUCCAGGUCAAUAUGGUUUCAUUGCCCAACUGAACGAGGGCCGCCAUCUGAAGAAGAGGCCAACUGAGUUUCGGGUUGAUAAGGUCCUUCAGCCCUUUGAUGAGAGCAAGUUCAACUUUACUAAAGUUGGGCAAGAGGAGGUGCUCUUCCAAUUUGAAGCAAGCGAAGAUGGUGAAGUCCAGUUCAUACCAAGCGCACCCAUUUAUGCUGAGAAUUCUCCAAGUGUUGUUGCCAUCAAUGUCAGUCCUAUUGAAUAUGGGCAUGUGCUAUUGAUUCCUCGCAUUCUUGAUUGUUUGCCACAAAAGAUUGACCGAGAAAGCUUGUUACUUGCAAUUCACAUGGCUGCUGAAGCUGGGAAUCCUUACUUCCGGCUGGGUUACAACAGCUUAGGUGCUUUUGCCACAAUCAAUCACCUUCAUUUCCAGGCUUACUACUUGGCCGUACCCUUUCCCAUCGAGAAGGCUCCCACCAAGAAAACAACCACUCUAGAUGGUGGUGUGAAAAUCUCUGAGUUAGUGAACUAUCCAGUUAGGGGGCUUGUCUUUGAGGGUGGAAAUACUGUGGAACAUUUGUCCAACUCAGUCUCUGAUGCCUGCAUUUGUCUUCAAGACAACAACAUACCAUACAAUGUCCUUAUCGCCGAUUGUGGAAACCGGAUCUUUCUCUUGCCACAGUGUUAUGCUGAGAAACAAGCUCUUGGGGAAGUGAGUGCUGAGCUUCUGGACACUCAAGUCAAUCCUGCUGUGUGGGAAAUUAGCGGGCACAUGGUGCUAAAGAGGAAGAAGGACUAUGAAGAGGCAUCUGAGGAAAAUGCUUGGAGGCUGCUCGCUGAGGUCUCCCUCUCGGAAGAAAGGUUUGAAGAAGUCAAGGCCCUCAUAUUUGAAGCCAUUGCUUCUGUUGGCCAUGGGAGUGAAGAUGCAACUCAGGAGCAGGAAGCUAAACCUGAAGCUAUUGAAGAAGUGGCUACCACCAACAAUAGCUCUCGCCCUGAUGUGGUUGCUGGGACACAAGAAUGCCUGGUUCUGCAGUAAAAUUACACUUAGAAUAGUGGAUUAGUACCAAUCCUAUUCUAGACUUCUGGUAUUUGCUCUUAGUCAUAUGGGUUUUGCCUCUGUACCUUCACAUGAUGCAAAACCAGUAUCUAAAUAAGCAAACAGUGUUUGCAGUUUGCAUUGUAAUUGUAAUCUUGUUUGUGUUUUCUGCAUAUUUGGCCUUUUGGCUUGUUCCCACGUACUUUAGUGGGUGUUCAUGUAAAAUAUUUGCAGAUUGUUUGCUCGUCUAAUUGAUUUAAUGCUUUGAUGUAUAA